AUGCCAUUGGCUAGUGACCACCACGUCACACAUAGUACCGCUGGGCAGGGUAUGGAUUUUGUGCGAACGUUAGAGUCACCAAGCUUCGAGGACUCAUACUUUUCAAGGCGUCACAACGCCGUGUUAAUGGACCAACUAGAAAAGGAAGUUGAGGACGUCUAUCGCAAGUUUUACCGAAUCUACUCUCCGCAAAUGUCCUCCACAAGCCUUCCCAAUUCACAGACGUCGUACGAAGAGAAGUGCGAGGCCAAUGCCAAGGAAUUUGUGACCGCAACGCCGUUAACCUGGCCCAUGAGGAACGCAUUCGCACAUGUUUGGACCUUACUGGACAACAGCUCCGAUCGAAGUCGCAAGCCCAACACACUUGAAUCCAAUGCUAAGCUGACUGUCCCUCUGCGCAAUAGCACCGCUUGCCAAUUCCACAAACUUCACUUGCUGCGCAAGUAUGAAGAACAAGACCGAAUCAUCGUCAUUUGGUCUGACCUCAUGCAGAUAACGUCGAAGGGUAUUCGACUGCGUUCGAUCGCCCACGCAGUUCUUGCUCCUUCUGAACCGACCCGUCGAACGCUUGUGUCAUGGAGACGUCUCUUAAACUGCAUGUGGAGCCAACAAAAGGAGAAAUCGUAUCCAAUGAAGACGUUCGAUAUGGGCAGGAAGUGGUUCUUCGUGCAUACGGCUGGCUUAUGA